CUUUCGUGGCGGAAGCGUGUCUUAGCAACGCUCAAUGUCUCUUCGUACUCUCAAAACCGCUACCCAACAAAAAUGCCAUCUUAUUUUUGAAUGACUUUAACCGAAAAAUACAUCUCUGAAACACAACAAGAGCGAGGCUGAAAUGAUUAAGGAAAAGUUGAGUUUUACGUGUGAUGUACUCCUGUCACACCAACAGCUCGCAUGCUGUGACUGUUACUGUGGUAUACCUCACCAGGGCAAGAAUGUGCUCAUUUACAGCAAUAAGGAGACACAACGAAAGCCACUGCUACUAACAGGCCACCAUGGUGACAUCAGUGCCAUGACUUUCGGAAAAAGAAGCAGUCCUGUUACCUUAUGUUCUGCCUCUUCUGAGUAUAUUAUAAUUUGGGAUAUUCAGGCAUGUCAGAAAAGACAAGAAGAAGGUAAACUUGCUGCUGGAACAGUGAUUGGUACUUUACUGGGGAAUGUUGUGCAUCUCUCAUUCUGCUCCGAUGAUGAACUGGUAGCUGUAUGCUCAGGAACAACUAUUUAUGUCCUCAAUUCAAAGAGACAGGAAGUGAUUUUCACAUUAAAUGGCCACCUUGGAUUUUUAACAUCUGCAGAGUUCUGUCCAUGGAACACAAAUAUUCUUGUCAGCACCUCAGAGGAUCGGACUUUUAAGGUUUGGGAUUUAAAAACUGGAGCUGUUUUCUACCAAUCCUUUGUCCUUGGAGGGUCUCCUCUGCUCAGCGUGCUGUUCUUGGAGGAGGAAGAGCAGCUUAUUACCGGCUCAACUGAUGGACAAAUGUGGUGCUUUUCUUUUGAUGAUGACUACAAAUGCCAUCUUGUGAAAAAAAUGGACCUUCAAAAGAUGGAAAAAAGAUAUGAAAUGCGCCAGGACACUCUGAGCCAGCCACAAGAUGUUGCUGAACAAUUGGUUGCUAAUAAAGUGGAGAUCUCAAAGCCUGUCAUCCAAAUGGCUUCAUGUGGCUCAUUUGCAGAAAUCCAGUUUGGUCAAGAAAUAGACAACAGCUGGUUUUGUGUAGGAAGCUCCAAUGGUCUGUAUGUGGUGGAGCUUGCUACCUCAGAACUCCUAAUGGUGCUGUAUUUCAAAGAUAAUCCCACCCUGAACAUGACCAUGGCUGGAUCAUGGUCAAUCUGUGUAGGAUCUGAUAAAUCUAUGAUCGUUCUAGUGAGCUCUUUGUUUACUCCAUGUGUGGUCUUGCUGGAGUUGUGUUUGAGUAACCUACGCAGGACAAGAGAAGAAGGUGGUUCAGGGUUUUCUGUUUUUCCAAGUUCUCCUCCACUGCUGGAAUCCCCUCUAAAUGCAGAGUUAAAGAGGAAGGAACCCAGCCAUCCGAAAAAGAAAGGAGGAAUAAAGGAAAAGCCGCUAGUUUUUCACUCAAAAGUGAAGUCAUCUGGAUACAACACCACCCCAAGAAUGACUAUGUUUUCAGCACAAACCAAUGCUCAGAAGAAAACAUCACCUAAAAAGUCAAUGAAACAUUUGGGCUUACUCCAUAGCAACUACCCAGAGGACAGUGCAGCACCAACUGAACCACAUACUGCUCUUAACAUUGCCAACAAACAAGUCUCAUGCCUUCAGUAUUCAGGUGAUGGAAAAAAAAUCCUGUGUGGUCUUGGCGACCGCUCAGUAUUAUUGUACAACUCCUGCCUUACUGGUAGUCCAACUGCAUACAUAGGUCAUGACAAGCCAGUGACCAGUGUGAGCUGGAGCCUCUGCAGACAAUGGUGGCUGAGUGCAGCAGAAGAUCUAUCAUUACGGAUCUGGACCAAAUCCACCUCGGAGCCUGCCAUUAUCUUGGGUGACACUAUGUUCUCCAAACCCAUUAGAGGUGCUCAGUUUUAUUAUCUUGACAAAUUUCUAGUCCUAACAUCUGGACCUUCUAUAUACUUGUACCUGUAUAAUGUGGACCUCACCCGCGAUGAUGUAAAAAGAUAUAAGCAGCGGAGCAUCAUCAAACUGGCAAGUUGCUUAACGCCAUCAGCCUCGGACAUCACAGCCCUUUCUGCAGUCAAUGAUUUCCUCUCAGACAUUGUUCUGGUGAGUUGUUCAGAUCGGUCCAUUCAAGUUCUGGACAUGAACAAAGGUGCAGUUGGCUCUGUGCUGCCUGACGCCCACAGCAGAGCUAUCCACUGCAUCACACAGAACAAGGGAUCCACAUUCACCUCACAAGCUCCAGAGUCAUACAACCUAUUCCUCACCAGUGCAGUUACAGAUGGUGUGAAGAUGUGGGACCUUCGCACAAUGAGAUGCGUGCGUCGUUAUGAGAACCAUGUGAAUCUCUGCCAUGCAUGCUCCUCAGCCAUCUCACCAUGCGGCCGAUUCAUUGCCUCUGGCUCUGAGGAUAAAUGUGCAUAUGUGUACGAUAUUCGUGCCAGCACCUAUCUCCACAAACUCCAGAGACACUCAGACACAGUACUCAGUGUGGCUUUUAACCCUGCAACACCAGAGUUGUUAACAGGAACCUUGGACGGGAAGCUACGACUGUUUCAGUCAAGCACAGGGUCCCAUUUGUCCCACGACACCAGCGCUGCUGUUCUUUGCAUCUCUAACGUGACUGCGUAAUUACAGCUGGCUGCAGGAAACACCAUGCAGCUUUCAUUAAGGGAGCUGAAACCCACAGGCAAGGAUUUUAUAAGAAAGGAAGAAUUUAAGUAUUUUGUUUCUGUUGCUUUUAGCUAAAUAAAGAUCAAAAACACGCUAAGCGUUACUGCUGAUUUAUGUUCUUUUUUGUUUGCUAUGAAUUUUAAAAAUGAGCAACACAUUGCAGUUUGUUCAUCUUGGCUAAUUGCCCAGUGUUUACUUAUUUCCUUCUGACUUGGAAUCAGAGGAAUGUCAGAGUUAACCACAUUAAUGCGGUAAGUCUGUAUUUGACAAUAGUAGAUAAAUUUGCCAAAAGCAUUAUUAUAGAUCAUUCUAAUUUCUUAAGCAUGUAGACACUCAAGCAUCACAAUAACUAUUGUUACUUAUGUGGAACAGAUGUAUAGUAUUACAGGCGGUGGCCACUAUUUACCAAAUCACUAUGUCAGAGCAUGACAUCAACUGGGUGCAACCUUUUUGACUGCCAGAAACACAUAUGCUCCUACUGUUCAUACUAACAAAACAGGCUUCAGUUAUUGUAGCUUCAUGGUAAAUCUUUUCUCCCCGAACCAUGAGUAAUGACAUAAAUAUAAAUGUUCGCAGGGUAAAGACAAAAAGUUGUUUGAGUUCCAUUUUAUGCAGAUGAUGCACUAGUGUAGUCUAUUAAAAACAGUCUAAAGGACAUGAGAAUGUCUUUAAUACAAGAUAUAAUCCUAAAUGCAGAUUUAGCUCUGUGAUUAUAAUUUGUAGCUAGAGCGCCAUAAUACAUUGAGUGCGGCCCCAGAGACUCCUCGUCGCGGACGGCUGCCGGACCCUCCGAGGGUCCUGCCAUCGGCACCGCGGACGCCCGCUGGACAUUUCCCGUGGGUUCUGCCUCCUGCGUCUCCACCCACCCGGGUUGGGCUGGUUGUUUUGUUUUUGGGGGGGGGGUUUCUGGACUCCUGGCCCUUCCUGUGCCUCCGCCCACUCUGCUGGGUUGAUUUUUGUUGUUUUUCGGACUCUGGCCCCCCGUCCGGCGCCCCUCCGCCCACCCUUGUCGGGUUUUUUGGUUUUGGGCGACUGGUAGCCACCCUUGAGGGGGGGGUACUGUCAUGGUUUGAGUUUUUCUGUGUAUUAAUUUUGAGUUUCCUCUGUUUCUGAGUCUCCGUGUUAUCGUGUCUCCCUUUGAUUAGUUCCCAGGUGUGUCUCGUUCCAUGAUUACCUCUUGUGUAUUUAGUGUCACCUGUGUCUCUGUGUCUUUGUCGGAUGAUUGUUGUGUGUCAAGCCAGUCGUCUGUUGUCGUCUGUGCUGCCUAGCUGUUUGUCAGUCGUCCAUUCGUUUCGCCAGUUGCUACCGGUGCUGAACCCUGGAUUCUGUUCUGCCGUGCUGCCUGGUUGUUGGACUGUUUGUAUUUCGGACUUGCUCAUCAUUAAACCAAUCACUUUACUUCUACCUGGGUCUAAGCGUUCUGCCUCACCAUCUCCACCCACACAACGUGACAGUUAGCUAAGUGUAGCUGAUUAAUGCUAUUUAUAAUAAUAAAUAACAUUAAGACUAUAACAUCCCUGAAUGAACACCUCACUGGUCCAUUAUAAGCACUCAAAUUGGGUUAUAGUUGUUGAUCCAACUAUAUAAGUUGUUCACAUUGAGAACACUAGGAUUUAUAUCAUACAAGUGAGGAUAGCAGUAAUCACAGGAAGCUAAUCAUUAACCCAAAAGUCUGCCAAUGGGACAUUUUAUAUUUAUAAAUGUUAACCACAGAUUUAAAAUAUGUUUUUAUACUAUUUUAAUUUCUUUCUUUGAAUAAAUAUUGCUGUAAAUACAAAUACUCAUAAAUACUGUCCACCAGCAAUGGAUUGCUUGAACUUAAAAUUGAUUAAUUAGGGACCUUAAUCUGACAAGUCAGAUUGACAACUGACACAAGUAAUCAGAAACAAAAGGAAUAGAACAGGUCAAGACUGGUUCUUCCAGACUAAACUAAUAAUGGCCAUGAUAUGUAGACUAUUAUAAGCAUUAGAGAUGUCUUCUCCCCGGGGCUCCGAGACUGGAGGUGGAGGCCUAAGUGAGGACGGAAGCCUGAAGGAGGCGAGGAAGGGGCAGAGGUGGGCUGAAGCUCAGGUGACGAGCAGAUGGAGUCAUGGAUGGAGCACCUUAUAAAUGGAGGCUUGCUUGGUGAUUGGCUAUGAUGAGGUGAGGUCCAAUGCUGAUAGGCUGCAGUUGAAUAGCAGCGAUUGGAUGAUGCAGGUGAGGCUGAAGAGAGUCUUCCAGUUUGAAUUUUUGCCUUGGCUUUUUUCUAAUCUAGAGCGACCAUGAAGCACUUUAGAAGGGCUGACAUGAGGUUGGUGGUUGCCAGUUGGAGCAGAAAAUCCUCUAAUCUGCAAAUAAACACACUCCUCUUCUCUGCUUAGAUACAAGAAGAAAAAAAAAUUAUAUUUUCUUCUGUUGAUGUUACUUUAUAAAUCAUAUCAAACCGCUUGCUUCUGUUUUCUCCAGAAAACGUCUACUACUGGUAUUUUGCAACACUUAAUCAAAUCUUCAGAGGCUUCAGAGGACUUUACCUUUCUGGAAAAUAUUAAAGUUUCCAUCUUCACUCAUCUCCUAUCCAUUAGGAAAGAUAUUGUACUUGAUGCUGGUGCUGAAGAUGGAAUGAUAAAUCCUCUCCUGGGUUGCUGAUUCAUAGGAGUUCUCAUUUCUUUCUUGUUCUCUGUCCAGUAGUCUGCUUUUGAUUUAUACUGUCUUUUUGGACUACAGUAUGUGCUUUAAUUGAUUCCAAAGCCAGAUUGCCAUCUGUUUUAUUAUUUUGAUUUCAACUUAUAUAUUAGUAGCAGCCACAUUUCUUAUCACAAAUUCUGGUGUUGGGUCUGUCGAGGAUUAUGUUUGUCUGUAGUAUGUGGGAUUUGGUGUCUGUUUUUGUGCUACAGAGACAGAUAUGUACUGGCAGUGCUGGGUUCAUCCUAUCAUGGUGAGCUUUAGUGUUCCUCCAAGCAGAAAAAUAGGAAAACAAAACAUAAUAAAUUGUCUUUUUUGACUAAAUUUAUGAAGCAGCAUUCUCCCCCCAUCUGCAUGCUGGAAUGUGUUUCUAGCUUCCAUUAAAUGAAUUAAACUGCUGCUUUUAUAAACUGAGUACAUUUUUUAGACAAAGGUUAUACAUUGCCAUAUGCGCACAUUCCUCCUUUGUGUGAGAUCUUUUUUUUUUUUUUUGUAUACUCCCAGGGUUGAUCUCAUCAGAACAGAAUGGGGAUGUAGCUGAAAAUGGCCACACCUAUAAACCCUCAUUUAUUCCGAUAAAGAGUUAAAUUUUUCAUAAAAUGUUUUUUAUUCUGUUUGUUAGAAGAACGCUGUCUGGACCAGCACGUGCACAAAUUUAGGACAUCGGGUAGAAUUUGACACCACAUUCUGUUUGUAUCCCAGUGUUAAUGCAAAUGCUAAAAUAUCAUACAAUGUUGUCUCAUUACCCCUUUAAAUUUCAGUUUACAUGCUCUUGAAGCUAUAUUUUGGUCUUAAAUUUGUGAGCAAUCAGCUGAAUAUUCCACAAAAUGCUACAAUGAGCUCAAAGUUACAGAAAGUGAAUUUCUACAACACUUGAAAAAUGUUGAUAUCCUUUGAAAUUUACUACAUUUUGUCAUAUAAAAUACACUAACUUCAAGUUGUAGACAGAAUUAAAGCAGGAUUUUGCUGUAAAACAAUGAAAGACAUUUGUGUCUCUCUUGCUAAUUUUCCCUUAUUGGGAGCAGAAACAGCUGGACAGCAGAUAGGACUUUGUUUUUUCUGGCUGAUUAAUUAAAAAGGGAUUUGGGCUCUAAACAUUUUACUACAUUGUUUCAAAACAAUCGAAUGGAAUAAAUUGUACCAUAAAACCA